AGCAUCACCAUUGUCAGGCAGCUCUUCCUUCUCGUCUCUCCUACAUAUCUGUUCAUCAUGAAGCUCGUGGUCCUCGCCUGCUUGGCCGCCGUGGUCGUCGCCGCACCUCGCCCUCAGCAGGAAAUCAUCGAAAUUGUCCGCGACGAGCGCCAGGACUCAGGCGACGGCAACUUCAAAUAUGAGUUCGAGACAGCCAAUGGUAUUGUUGUUUCAGCCGUCGGAACUCCGGGAGAGACUGGACAGAGUAACAUCGAGGGCGUCUUCAGGUUCCCCCUCCCCGACGGCAGCAUCGCUGAGGUCCGCUACGUCGCUGACGAGAACGGCUUCAAGCCUGAGUCUGACCUGCUGCCCACCCCCUACCCCCUCCCCGCCCACGCCAUCGAGCAGAUAGCCAUCGCCGAGCAGCAGCUGGCUGACGGCAUCACCUUCGAGUAAGAAUGAAGUUGACUCAAUCAUUCGCCGAUGUGGUGAACCUUCCCGAGGCCAUUAAAAACGGAACAGAUGUCGACCUUAAUUGUCCAUUUUUACAUGCUAGUCCAUACUUCUCUUACCGUGUCUUGUUCAUCUGAUGUAAGAGACCUACAUAUAGUAUAUAUUUUUGUGGCGCCACCUACUUCCAUUAGCUAGUUACUAUCCUGCUUGGCUGAUUUCGCUUUUUUGUUUGGAUACUUAUAUUUCUUGCCUCAUAGUUCUCUUUCACUUAUAUCUUUCCUCACGUACUCGAGCAGUCUUCCUCUGUGUACUUAAACCUCCUCAUAUCACACUUCAUCAUCUAACUGUACUUAUAUUUUCUUACACGACACUUGUUAGAUACUUAAAUCUUACCCUCAUCUAAUCUGUAUAUUCCCUGGGGUGAAGAAGUGUAUAUACACAAUAAAUAUACCAGCAAACUGA